UCAAUUAAUCACUUUCUCUUAUCUUCACAAGUAAAAGCUUUAAAACCAUCAAAGAAGAAACCUUAAAGAAAAUCUCUGUUUAUACCGAAGAUGGGAGUUUUGAAGAGAAGAGUUUCGGGUAGCAGAGGUCUUGGAGGUGUUCUUAGAGAGCAAAGAGCUAAGCUUUACAUCAUCAAACGAUGUGUUGUGAUGCUCCUAUGUUGGCAAGAUUGAUCUUGGUUGAUUCAAGUGGUGAUACUUUGAAGCUUAACAGGAUCAAACUGAUGAUUGCAAGAAGAUUGUAAGAGGAAGAAACCGGUUUGGGUUUUGCUUGCCGAUAGUCAAAUCUUAGGGGGACGAAAUGUUAACACUUUCGAUA